AUGGCUUUGCGAGAUUUUGCCUUUAUGUUUUGGAAACACGUUCUUCUUCCCCUUCUGAUAAUGGGAAUUAUUACCAGCCUUCUUCUUGAAUCGUUUCUUUUUCUCUGUUUAUCCAUAAUCUUUAUCAACAUAUCAUUUGAAUCAAAUGUAACCUACGCACAAGUCCAAUGUGGAUCCGGAGCCGGGGGCGCACUGUGUUCAGGAGGUCUUUGUUGCAGUCAAUACGGUUAUUGCGGUAGCACCUCUGCUUAUUGUGGUGCUGGUUGCCAAAGCCAAUGCACAAUUGUUUCACCUCCGCCGCCACACCCGUCAACACCGCCUCCUCCACCUCCCAGCGGGAAUUUAACCUCACUUAUUAGCCAAUCACUUUUCGAUCAACUUUUGGCGUAUCGCAAUGACACAAGCUGCAUGGGAAAAUUUUACACGUAUGCGGCUUUUAUUGAAGCAGCCAAGUCUUUUAGCAGUUUUGCUUCUGUUGGAGAUACCAAUACGCGCAAGAAAGAGAUUUCUGCUUUCUUAGCUCAAACCUCUCAUGAAACAACUGGUGGGUGGGCUACAGCUUCCGGGGGACCAUAUUCAUGGGGUUAUUGUUUUAUUCAAGAGAAGAGCCCUACAAGUGUCUACUGUCAAUCAGGUACGCAGUGGCCUUGUGCUUCCGGCAAAAGCUAUCAUGGUCGAGGACCCAUUCAAAUUUCAUGGAACUACAAUUAUGGACAAGCUGCAAAAGUUUUACAAGUAGACAUCUUGAAUAAUCCAGAUUUGGUUGCUCAAGAUCCUAUCAUUUCAUUCAAGACAGCGUUAUGGUUUUGGAUGACUCCGCAAUCUCUGAAGCCAUCUUGCCACGAAGUCGUUAUUGGACAGUGGCAACCUUCGUCAACCGAUGUAUCAGCUGGCCGUUUGCCAGGUUACGGGGUCAUCACUAAUAUCAUCAAUGGAGGAAUCGAAUGUAAUAAAGGUCCAAAUGACAGUGGCAAAGAUAGAAUCGGAUUCUACCAGAGAUAUUGUAGCUUGAUGGGGGUCAGUGUAGGUGACAACCUCGAUUGCUAUUAUCAAAAGCCUUUUGGUGUCUCUACUUCUCCACUUCUUACGACAAAUCAGUGUGUCUACUGCAAUUAUAAAUGGAUAAUUAAGUCUAUUGAGAAAAUGAGAUCAGACAUACGAUUACAAGUCUAG